AACAACUGGAAAAGAAGCAUUGCAUAAGACCAGGAUGUCUCUGAAAUGGACGUCAGUCUUUCUGCUGAUACAGCUCAGUUUUUACUUUAGCUCUGGAAGCUGUGGAAAGGUGCUGGUGUGGCCCACAGAAUACAGCCAUUGGAUAAAUAUGAAGACAAUCCUGGAAGAGACUGUUCAGAGGGGUCAUGAGGUGACUGUGUUGACAUCUUCGGCUUCUAUUCUUGUCAAUGCCAGUAAAUCAUCUGCUAUUAAAUUUGAAGUUUAUCCUACGUCUUUAACUAAAAAUGAUUUGGAAGAUUCUCUUCUGAAAAUGCUCGAUAGAUGGAUAUAUGGUAUUUCAAAAACUACAUUUUGGUCAUAUUUUUCACAAUUACAAGAAUUGUGUUGGGAAUAUUAUGACUAUAGUUACAAGCUCUGUAAAGAUGCAGUUUUGAAUAAGGAACUUAUGACAAAACUACAAAAGUCAAAGUUUGAUGUCGUUCUGGCAGAUGCCCUUAAUCCCUGUGGUGAGCUACUGGCUGAACUAUUUAACAUACCCUUUCUGUACAGUCUCCGAUUCUCUGUUGGCUACACAUUUGAGAAGAAUGGUGGAGGAUUUCUGUUCCCUCCUUCCUAUGUACCUGUUGUUAUGUCAGAAUUAAGUGAUCAAAUGAUUUUCACGGAGAGGAUAAAAAAUAUGAUACAUAUGCUUUAUUUUGACUUUUGGUUUCAAAUUUAUGAUCUGAAGAAGUGGGACCAGUUUUAUAGUGAAGUUCUAGGAAGACCCACUACAUUAUUUGAGACAAUGAGGAAAGCUGAAAUGUGGCUCAUUCGAACCUAUUGGGAUUUUGAAUUUCCUCGCCCAUUCUUACCAAAUGUUGAUUUUGUUGGAGGACUUCACUGUAAACCAGCCAAACCCCUGCCUAAGGAAAUGGAAGAGUUUGUGCAGAGCUCUGGAGAAAAUGGUAUUGUGGUGUUUUCUCUGGGGUCGAUGAUCAGUAAUAUGUCAGAAGAAAGUGCCAACAUGAUUGCAUCAGCCCUUGCCCAGAUCCCACAAAAGGUUCUAUGGAGAUUUGAUGGCAAGAAGCCAAAUACUUUAGGUUCCAAUACUCGACUGUACCAGUGGUUACCCCAGAAUGACCUUCUUGGUCAUCCCAAAACCAAAGCUUUUAUAACUCAUGGUGGAACCAAUGGCAUCUAUGAGGCGAUCUACCAUGGGAUCCCUAUGGUGGGCAUUCCCUUGUUUGCGGAUCAACAUGAUAACAUUUUUCACAUGAAAGCCAAGGGAGCAGCCCUCAGUGUGGACAUCAGGACCAUGUCAAGUAAAGAUUUGCUCAAGGCACUGAAGUCAGUCAUUAAUGACCCUAUCUAUAAAGAGAAUGUCAUGAAAUUAUCAAGAAUUCAUCAUGAUCAACCAAUGAAGCCCCUGGAUCGAGCAGUCUUCUGGAUUGAGUUUGUCAUGCGCCACAAAGGAGCCAAGCACCUUCGGGUCGCAGCCCAUGACCUCACCUGGAUCCAGUACCACUCUUUGGAUGUGAUAGCAUUCCUGCUGGCCUGCAUGGCAACUGUGAUAUUUAUCAUCACAAAAUGUUGCCUGUUUUGUUUCCAAAAGCUUGCCAAAACAGGAAAGAAGAAGAAAAGGGAUUAGUUAUAUCAAAAGCCUGAAGUGGAAUGACUGAAAGAAUGGGACUCCUCCUUUAUUCCAGCAUGGAGGGUUUUAAAUGGAGGAUUUCCUUUUUCCGGUGACAAAACAUCUUUUCACAACUUACCCUGUUAAGUCAAAAUUUAUUUUCCAGGGAUUUAAUAUGUACUUUAGUUGGAAUUCUUCUAUGUCAAUGAUUUUUAAGCUAUGAAAAAUAACAAUAGGGGGGAGGCAUAGCAUUUGGAGAAUACCUAAUGUUAAAUGAUGAGUUACUGGGUGCAGCACACCAACAUGGCACAUGAAUACAUAUGUAACUAACCUGCACGUUGUGCACAUGUACCCUAAAACUUAAAGUAUGAUUAAAAAAAUGAAAGCAAAAAAAAAAAAUACAACUCUUUUUUUUUAAACUAGGAAGGAAAAUGUGAAAAUGGAAACACCUUUUACUAUUUGAUUUGAAAAUAAAGUGUCAUCCAAGCCAUAAGAAAAACAAAAAAAAAAAUAACAAUAAUAUAAAACCUUA